AUGACUGGUCGACCCCCUUCAAGGAGUGCCUCUCUCACGGGCCAUCACUCCAGGAAUACUUCCAGGACUGGAAUUGUUAUGGCCUCGCAUGUCAACGCUGGCAGAUCACAAUCACCAAGACCUCCUGGACCUGGCUCCGCUGUACCUGGCGCUCCUCCUUCGAGAGGCGUCGAAAGAAAACCUUCCAUUUCUUCCUACCCGCAUGCGCAUAACCGCCAGGCAUCUAUAGUAAACGGUGGCAUCCAGCAUUCACGGAACCCAUCCUUCGUAAACUCUCCUACCACUUCACCGUUAUCACCGAACAACAUGGGGUCCGUUAGGGGGGCUGGUGAGCAGAUCACCAUCCCAGAUCUUCCGCUCUCGCCGACGGGCACGUUGGUGCCAUCCGAUAUAUCUGCUCUCUCAUCCCAGCUGUCAACCAUGUCGACGAUCAAUGCCAUGGCUAACUCCGGCGAUCAGUCUCGUGCUCCAUCUGCAAUGGAUACCAUGAGGACCAUAACCCCCCAUGGACGGCCCUCGACAUCCAGGAGGGAAGGUCAUAGCCACUCACACUCCUACUCUCACCAUUCUUCUGAGCCGAAAACGCCUGCUGAAUACGCACUGCAUAUCCUAUUCACCCAGUUCGUACGACUUGCCGAGGCCAAGAUUGAUCAGUGCAUGAAGUGCGGAUUGGAAGUAGAGCCCAAUGUCGAAGCUAUAUGUGGUGCCGGCGUAGACCCGGCCUUUGAUAAACUUAUUGGAUCUCUAGGCUACAUUGCUCGACAUAAACCGAGGCCCGUCAUCGAUAGUGUGAUGUAUUGGAGGAAGGGGAAGAGUGAAGCAGCGAACAGCGCAAGGACGGAGCUUAAGCAUCAAAUGCACUAUACCAAACCGACCUCGCCGCCCAGCUCUAACACAAAACUCCAAGACGGCUUCUCAGCAUUGAUGCGUAGAAAUACCGAAAAUGUACCACCGGAUAUCGGCACACCCUUAACGAGCCCUGGCCACAGUCACAAUAACUCAAUAUCCACACCGCAAGCCCAAGCUUCGAUUGCUGCCGAUCGCAAAUCUACGAUUGCUAUAUACAUACUUUGCCGUGUUUUGAUAGAAGUUAUUGGACAAACUACUCUGGAGAGCAUGUCGAAGGAAAUGGCUUUCAAAUUGGAAAACAUUGUUUUCCAACAACUACGGCUGGCGGAUCCCGAUGUCCUCGUCGCUUCACCUCUAAGGAUGUCAAACUGGACUUUAUUCGCGCAGCUGCUCGGGGUCAUGAGUGAGCUACAUUUUGACAGUGUUUCCGACUUGUUCAUAUCGUCACUGGAGGAUAGUGGUAAGGGAUUCGUGAGCCGAGAAUCAGAACCAAGGAUCGAGUUGGUGAUCAAAGGCAUGAGCUACUUGAAAAUAAAACUUUAUCCACCGGAUGCUUUCGAGCAGGGGUCUGAGCUUAUGUAUCUCAUCACAAAGCUCUUCCUUUCGUCUCAGGUUCAGAGGAUAAAGCAUGCAUACUGCGAUCUCUACAUGAAGCUACUACUUCCUGUUGCUGCCGCUGGCGAUAGUGAAUUUAACAUGCCUCGCUGGAUAGAUUUUAUACAGCAAGUCUACCCUAGAUUAUCGGAAAUGUUGAUGAAAGCGCGUCACUGGCCCGCUGUAUUUCCAGUUCUUGGAACAGUUCUGUGUAUCAUGCCGAGGGAAUCGUUUAAUGCGACAUGGCUACCCCUUCUCGAAGCAAACUUCCCGAAACUGAAGGACCGAUCCGUUAGAACAAUGCUUCUACAAACUACUGCGCGGCUACUUUGGGUUUAUAUUUUCAGAUGCUCUGAAACUUUGAAUACGACUGUAAAAAAGCUGGAAGUUGUCAUUCGCGCGCUUUUUUUGCCAGGGAGAAAGUCAUUUUUAAUCGGUGCUGAUGCAGAUCUAAUGGCUGUAUAUGUUCAACUGAUCAGAUUCAUUGGGUCCAAACAUCAGGAUUUUUGCUUUCGGAAUGUCCUCACACCAUUGUUGAACGCUGAUGUUAUGCUUUCGCAUCGGCAUACGGAUUUGACGCUAGAAUGCCUCACAUCGGAACGAAUGAUCGUUGGAAUCAAGGCGUUCCUUGAGAUAAUGAACGACCUUGAAAAACAGGAUAGCACGCCUCCCUUCCCAGUCAAAUUUGAAACCGGUCAUGAAGAGCAGGCACCCCCAAUAUCAACAUGGCUUGCGAAGUUCGUUGAGGAGAGGUCAGAGGCAAUGAAGAGAUUAGAUAGAAUGUCUCGCCCGGUGCAACUGGAUAGACUUGGAGCCGUCGCUCGGGAGUACUUUGAUAAAUUUGGCAAGAUACUCGGUCAGAUUAUCUUGGUCUGUGACUCGAAUUUCGGCGGCAAGGCCCUAUUGGACGAAAAAUUCAAUCCGCCACCGCCCAAGACACCAGUGGCGGCCAGCUUCAGCUUCAACCUUGACCAUCCGCCCGUUGAUCAAAAGCAAAUCUACUUUGAACUACUCUGCGUGGCGCUCGCGGCACUGCCCCGCUGUCUACCACCCGAGAGCUUGAUAAAUUUCAACAAGAUUGUGGAGAUUUUAUGCCAUGGGACAGCACACUCCGACCAAAGAGUCGCAACGGCAUCUGCAAACGCACUCAAGUGUAUCGCUAGACAGUCGCUCCAACGGCAGAAGGUCAUUAUUGGGUUCGCGCGGUUUAUAUUCGAUUUCGAUACAAAAUAUGCCACAACCGCGGAUGGUGGGCUUCUCGGUCCUGCACACAUUGAGAAUACCUUGAAACUUUACGUGGAGCUUCUACAACUUUGGAUCGAUGCUAUCAAGCAAAAGACGAAAGCACCCGCUACCCCAUCACUGUUGUCGAUGAACAUGAACAUGAACAUGAAUAUGAAUAUGAACAUGAACAUGCAAACACCAGAACCAGAGCAAAUCAAGCCUGAUGAUUUGGAAAUAUCUAAUGUUCUCGCUAUAGUCGAUGAAAUCGAGUCCCAUGGUCUUUUCUUCUUAUCCAGCCAGUCCCGAAUUGUUCGAAAAUUCGCAAUUAUGGUCUUAAAGUUGAUUACAGAAUUCGACUGCGCCUUGGACGAAGAGGAACACGGUAGUGCCUCCUUAGCACUCAGAAAGAGCCGAAGGGAAUCGCAACGAUUUACCCGAAUCAUUCAAAUCAUGGAAUACGACUCCCUACACAUCAUGAACCAAAAUGUCAAUGACGAGAAAUGGUCUGUUGCGGACAGAAGCAGAUUACGCCGUGAGCUUAUGGAGAACAGCGCUCAAGAUGCUCUCGUCAAGCUUGCCACGAGUGAGAAUCAAUAUGAUUCCUCACUAUGGUUCAAACUUUUCCCAAAGCUUAUACGAGUCUGUUUUGAGAGGUUCCCAUUGACGGUCGUUCAAUGUCGUGAUAGCGUCUGCGCGAGACUGAACCACAUGCAUUCACAAAUACAGUUUGCGUCUGAAACUCCUAGAUUCCAGACUAGAUUAGCAUCGCCUUCUGCUGCUGAUAUCUCAAUUGAGCAAUGGAAGCUGUAUCUUAUUGUCGCGUGCUCUACGCUUACUCUAACAGACGAACAGGUCGCUCGCCAACCCACGCCAAACCUUCAGCACGCUCGCAAAACCUCAAAGUCUGCUAGUAACGCCUCGCAAAACCCCUACGAUAGACUAAAUUCCGGUCGAUCCCUCUUUCAACUUGUUGUCCCCUUCAUCAACUCCGAAAACCAAGCGAUUCGUGAAGCGGUAAUCUUUGGCCUUGGCUCCAUUAACUUAAAUCUCUACAAAACCCUUGUAGAAACACUCCAGCCGAUAAUCAUGCGCUGGAACGAUGGUCCCGGGGCGAAAGUCCAACGGCCUGGGCAAAAUGGACAAAUGGUUGUGCGCAGGUCGACAAGACAUGAUAGGUGGAGAACCGGGAUCACGCAUAUCAUGCAACUAACCUCCUACUUCCUCCUCCAACCGGAUGUGUACAACGACGAUUGGAUGUUGCGCCAUAUCAUCAAUUUAAUCAAGGAUAACAAGAAUUUCUUGAGCGACCCUGAUGUUAAAGGAGACAUCGCGUAUCAUCGACUUAGGCGCUACUUUUGCGGCUUAACAGAAGACUUCUAUGAAGGGAUCCUUAAGCUACCCGAUCAGGAGCAUGAGAAGUGGCUUCCAUUUGACGGGCGACUGUCUCUGUUUUCAUUAAUUGAGGAUUGGUGUGGGACGAAUUCUGCGUGGAGACAGCACAUCAAUGCGGCUGUGGAGAUUGAGAAGAAUGAUCUGAAGAAUGCAGCGUUGAGUGCUAUGGCCUCACUUUGUGCUGGCCCCGUGAUGAAAAUCAUUGAAAACAAGUCCACCCUGACAUUUGACAUCCUAGGUAUUUUCCACUGGCUGGAAUCCAUCUUUGGCGAAUCCAGCGACAGGAUCCACCGCAUUGGACGAAAAGCACUCAAGAAUCUUCUUGAGUGUAAUAAAAAAGUACCCAGCAUCCUCGCACUCGCGAUACGGCAGUGUUAUCUCUACAAGAAUAGUCCAAAGGGAAUCGAAAGUUACUUCCAUGUAGUUUCUGAAGUCCUUAUCAAUAGUACCGACGACCCUUGCGACCAUUGGAAGUCCCUCGCUUUGGCAUUAUUCAAGAUAGGAGACGACAAUCAAAAGAUACGGUCCAAAGCCGCGACACUCUUACGGAUUACUGAGCAACGCUUUUUCGGCAGCCAAACGACAUUGGAUUACGAAGUUAGUAUAUCGGAUAAAACGGCUGCCGUAUUCAAAAAGGCACAGUUCGAAUUGUCGAGAACACUAUCCCAGCAGCACCCUGAAGCUGCGUUCUUCAUAUUUUCAGAGUUUACACUGUUCUUUAAUAUUGUGGAUGGGAAGGGUCAGAGGGACAUUCUUGCCGUAUUGCUCCCAUGGGUUCAAAUGAUUGAACUGCAACAGGAUCCGAAUGGAGGACCCAGCCCAUCGUCUUAUAUGGUUCUUGCCAAUCUCUUCGAGAUUACCGUGAAGUUUAGCGGGAAGAUACAUAAUGAAAUUGAAGGGUUGUGGAAGGCAUUGGCUAGUGCGCCGUAUGCUGGGAAUGUCAAGGUCGUCUUGGACUUCAUCAUCGCACAAUCAUUAGAGCGAAAGGAACAGAAUUUCGUCAACGUUGGCAAGCAGAUUAUUGUGUUUCUGGCAGGAACGGCGAACGGGUCGAAACUUGUGGAAGCUCUUUUGGAGUACCUUCAACCGCGGCUGAUGACUUCCCCGCAAAAGAACCAAGAGCCACAGGGGGUCCCCGAUGCGAGCCUGUUCCCCUACAUGGCCAACAUGGCGGAGUCUUUACCUGUUGGUGGGAAACAGCACGGGUUUUCGAGGGGUCAUUUGGGGUUAAUCUUUAUGGUUGAUCUAAUGGUUGGGCCUGUGCCCGAGAUGUCGCCGAACUUGCCGUUAUUGUUGCAGGUAGUGUUUGUUCUUUGGGACCACUAUGUGCCUUUGGUGCAGGAACAAGCAAGGGAGAUGUUGGUGCAUUUGAUUCACGAACUUGUCAUCUCUAAGACAGGCAAGAGCAUCGAAGAACUUCACCGGGUUAGGGAGUUUGUGGAGGCGGUAAGGACACAACAGGCGAAGAUGCAGUGGGCGUAUGAUGAGACUGGGUCUGAUACCGACCCUCACCGGGUUGCACCAUCGAUGGGACAAAUGAUCGAGGAUGUCCUCGACUUUUUUACACCAGAUCAUAAACUGUUGAAGGUUCAGUGGAGUCGGGUGGCAUUACAAUGGGCUACGAAUUGUCCCGUUCGACAUCUAGCUUGUCGGUCCUUCCAAGUGUUUAGAUGUCUCCUCGAUGCGGCGGAUCUAGAUCAACCAAUGUUGGGGGAUAUGCUCGCUCGACUUUCGAAUACGAUUGCAGACAACUCACCGGAUAUUCAAUCAUUCGCCAUGGAAAUUUUGAUAACAUUAAAUGCGAUCCUGGCAGCAUUGGAUCCCGAGGAUCUUAUGCAUUUCCCUCAGAUGUUCUGGGCGACAGUGGCGUGCUUGCAUACUAUUCACGAGAAUGAGUUUAUGGAAGUACUGUCGUUGCUUGAGAAGCAUUUACUCAAGAUAGAUUUAUCAAUGGAGGAUAACGUAAACAUUCUGGUUAGCAUGUUCCCUAGCAAUUGGGACGGGAACUUUGAGGGGCUACAGGCGUUGAUGGUGAAGGGGUUGAGAUCUGGGGUCGCAUUACCAAAAACGCUGCAGGUUAUGGACAAGUUGAAUAAGUUCCCGAGUAAUAAGUUGGUUGGAGGAGAUGACCGGUUGCUUAUCGCGCUGUUGUCAAACCUUCCAAGGUUUUUAGAUGCAUCAGAGAAAGAGGCGGUUCCGGAUGAGAUUCUAGCGUGUGCAGCGAGUUUGAAGCAGAUCGCAGAUGAUGAGUCGCAGCCGGAUAUUGCGAGGAUCAUGGGUGCCUACGCGGCUGGGAGGUUUAGGAACAAAGAUGGAUUCAAGUCUCAAGCUGUCUCUGCUAUCCGAAACGCCUACUUCCCGGAUUACGAAGGUCCAGCGUUGAUUUUCCUUGUCGGGCUUCUUACGAAUGCGACACCCUGGGUGAAACACAAGGUUAUGGAACUGUUGAAUUCGUUACUACCGAUUAUCGAUCUUAAGAAGCCGGAGUUUACAGGACUUGGUGCGGAUUUGAUAUCCCCAUUGCUGAGGCUUUUGCAGACGGAGUAUUGUCAACAAGCGCUCGAGGUUCUUGAUAAAGUUAUUUCGAUUUCUGGAGGGAAGAUGGAUCGACAGGUUAUGAGGAUGAGCAUGGGUAACCGAACAAUUAAGAAGGAGUACGAAAGGACAGAAACACUGUUUGGGAUUCCCGAGGAUAGCGGGUGGGCUAUCCCCUCGCCAGCUAUUAAAGCACAAACUACUCGACAUAACGUCCAUUCAGUAUUCUACACCUGUCAGAUUCCCGAGACGCCACAAGACCCACUCGGCGACGCACCGGACAUGCAAUUCAUCAUGGAGGAUUACGGAUACACGAGCUUUCAAGACCGUACCGCAACCAUGCUUUCCGAAGGUGUUGGUGGUGAAGGUGGAUUGGGAGAUAUGGUUGUUCGUCUUGAAUCCCUCGAUAACUUCUUCGCCGACGAAUCAUUUAAUAGUGCACAAACCCAAACUACAGACGGAGAUGCCGCGGAAACGGCCUCACAAACCUACGAUAAUCGGGUAUACCAUAUCCUCAACAGAUCACUACAGCGAUCACCGAGUGUUACGAGUUUUAACCAUACAUUCGGAGAUUCUUUGAGUAUGCCACCGGGAUUCGUUAGGGAACACCCACCAAUCAUGACACCCACGCUUUUUGCAGCGCCACCUAUGGCACCUGCUGCAUUUGGGAAGGGAGGAGUGCCCAAUCGUGUCACUGGGAAUCAACAGUUAGGAUAUGAAGAUAUGAGACGUCACCCAGGUGGUAGCGAAAGCUCUAGCGAUAAUGAAUACGAAGAAGAUGUUAGUGACGAUGAUUUGGAAGACCAUGCUACGGCUACCACACCGAAGGAUGAUUCUCCUUUCUUAUUAGAAAGUUUGUUAAGAAGCGCAGGACAAAAGGCAAAGAGUGGGGUCGAAGGUGUGAGAAACUUGAGGAGGGGAAGAGAAGAGAGGAAGGAAGAAAGGGAGAGAGAGAAGGAGAUGAAAGCGGCAGAGAAGGAGAAAAGAGUUGUUAGUCCCAGAGGGUUUGGAAAGUUACCGAAGAGUCCGAAGUUGGGGGCUAGACGUGGAGGGGAUAGAACAAGUCCUCCGCCACCGAUGCCUCCGGCUGAGAAUUUGACGGGAUGGUAA